AUGGCGUCGCUGUGGAACGAGAGCUCGGCGAUGAUCCUCGGGUUCGAACCUGGCGUGCAUCCGUUCAGCCGCCUCAAAGACUUCAUCGGCAAGGCGCCGUGGGUCGUGCUCCGCAACACGCCGCUCAGCAACACGGAGAGGACGGUCCAGCCCUCGUACGCACGCGGUGCUCCCUUGAUUCUGGCUGUGUCGAUUCAGAUCGCCAACAGCCCCGGCGCGGGCGACAACACCGCCUCGCUCGAGCGAAACUACGGCGUGGCGAGCGACCGAGGGCGCGAGGUGCGAGCGGUUACUCUCGACAACGAGCUGCGGCGGCGCGGGCUUGACGGCAGAGAGGUGCUGCUGCUCAAGGUGGAUGUGGAGGGGCACGAGCUCGCCGUGCUGCGCGGCGCCGACAAGGCGAUCGGCGAGGGGCGGGUCCCCUUCAUUCUCCUUGAGUACGGCGACAAGAUGUCGCCCGCGAUUUGGGGCGCGAUGAAGCGGAGGAACGACGCCACGCCGGCUGCACCGACGCCGGCGCUGCUCGAGGGUCCCUCCCUGUUCAGGCUGCAACGGUGGGCGGAUGGGCGGGGAUACGACACCUACCUGCUGGGCGAGGGCGACGGAGGGCGGCCGGUGCUCGUGGGGGCGACGGGGCGCUACUGGCGGGACUCGCUCGAGGUCUGCCGCGACAAAGGCCAAAAGUGGUCGCGCGACGGGCGCCUGUGGGAGAACUUCUCGGCAUGGGACCCCUCGUGGUCGGCCGUGUGUUGGUACGACGUGCUGCUGGUGCUGCGCAAGCCGCUCGAGCCGCAGCUGCGACAGCUCCUUCUGGAGCGCACCAGCCUGCCUCCGAGGUUCUGCAGGCGGCUGAGCGAUGGCUGGUACCCGACCUGGGUGGACGCGCCGACGCCGGAGCGGCUCUGCUGCUCCGUGCAGAACCUCAAGCAGACGGACGUUUGCGGCACGUUCGUGGCUUGUGCCGGAAGCGAAAAUAACCCCCCGCUUCGAGGUUUGCGGCACGUUCGUGGCUUGCGACGAGCACGCUGA